AUGUCUUCCACCGCCGGUAAUGACGCUCCAUCUCGGCCUGGACCCAACAUCCUCGUGAGCGCAGCCUCCCGGCUUGCCGCCAACUACGUCGCCCCGUACCUAGACAGCCGCAUCCCCGCAUCUACCGUGCCCUUUGCCCAGCACUCCGAGAUGCUCCCGCACCGGGACUCCCGGUGGUGGGGCUGGACGCACUACGGCAUCUUUCUCCCGGGCCUUCCCGAGCCCUACCGCUUCCUCAACCUCAUGACCUUCAUCGGCGCCACCGGCACCGCCUGCUUCGACAACGACUACCUCGCCGCCGCGGACGCGCGCCACACGGCCACCGUGCUCUCCGCGACGGCCUACGGCGAGCACCACCACUACGAGGCGUACGACGCCGUCUCCGGCUGCGACUUUCGCGCCGACGGAUCGCGUCUCACAUGGGGUGCCGAGGACCUGGUGCUGGAGUGCGCGUACCCAGAAUACAAGGUCGCGGGGCGCUUCGGUCACAUGAGCGUCGAUCUGGCGAUCCGCACGACGGACCAGGUCUCGUACUUUACCAAGAUGCCCAUCUACGACCACUUUAGCGUGCUCGCUACGUACGACGGUACCGUCAAGGACGUCCGCGGCACGACACGCAUCUCCGGCAUGUGCACCGUCGAGUAUGCGCGGUGCAUCACGCCACAGGUGCUCGCGCGGCGGCCGCUGUCGCCGUCGCUCAAGCUGCCCGUCACCUUCUUCACCUACCAGAUCGUCAACCUGGACGAGCGGACGCAGCUGCUGCUGACCAAGGUCACCGGCGCGGGCGCGACGCUGUGCCUGCUGGCGCACCUGCGGACGCUGGACGGGGGCGCGGCGCGGGUCUUUCCGAGGACGGAGCUCGAGAUCUUGGAGUACGCGGACAAGCGGCUGGUGGAUGACCGGGGGCGCAGUAUGAGGGUCCCGAAGAGAAUGCGGUGGACGGUGGAUGAUGACGAGGGAGCCAAAGUCGUGAGGCUGGAGGCGGAUGUUGAUGCGCCGUUUCGAUACGGGCAUGGACAGGGAUACGUGAGCGCCUACACGUUUCAGUGUAUAUGGGGAGAGCGGUCGGUGAAAGGUACCGGGUAUUUGGAAUGGAUCGACGUUGAAGGAUAA